UUUUCGUUUUGAUGAUAAUAAUAUGAACGUAUCCGCUGCAACAGUCCUGUUGUUUGUGUUUCUGUUGAUCCAAUACGCUCAGUUCAAACAAAAUAAUGAUGACACUUCGAAUAAUCACAAUGACACUUCUCGAGAAGAGAACGAUACAUUAUAUGACGUUGGAUCAGAAUUGGAUUUCCUCUAUUGUAACUCUAUUCUUGGAAAUAAUAAAUCAAUAGAAAUCAAAUUUGGUAACGAAUCAAGUGUACUCGAUCAUUGGAUUGAUGAUUUACCUUUAAAAGUUAUUACCCACGGAUGGUAUCGCGGGUCACGCAAUAAUUUCACUGGAGUGUUUAUCAUUAAGACCGUUGAUCAGGUGUACAACGAAUGUAUAAUAUAUAUUUUAUACCACUGUUGUUCAAUAGGUCUAGAUCCAGCUUCCAUAGGGUUUGAGUGUAUUCCUAUCCAGAAAGAACGCUUGAAUAUAGACGAUGCCGAGUUUGUGGACGUGAUACACACAGCCUUAGGGAUUCUUGGCUAUAUGGAGAGAAUGGGCCACGUAGAUUUCUAUCCAAAUGGYGGAGUAGCACCACAACCCGGAUAUAAACUUUUAAAGUUAGCUGAGUCAUGUUAG